AUGAUUGAUCGUAUUGGUAUUUGUCAAAUAUGUGCUAAUGUUUGUCAUAAAGAUCAUGAUAUAUCAUAUGCAAAAUAUGGUUCAUUUUUUUGUGAUUGUGAUGUUAAAGAAGAUGAUUAUAAUUUAUCUAUAAAAAAUAAAUAUAUCAAAUAUAAUACACUUCGUUUAUUUAAAUUACUUCAACCAUAUAUUGAUAAUAAAUAUCAACAAAUAUAUUAUAUUGAAAAUAAAUUUCAUUUUAUAUCAGAAUAUUUAAAAACAAAUAAUCAAUUAUUAUCUAUUGAAACUGAUGAAAAUAAACAACAACAAGAAUAA